AUGGGUUCCAUGCCGCCUAGAGAACGCCUUGACGAGGUCGAUGUCCUCCUCGUGGGCUCCGGCCCUAUUGGGGCCGUCUUCGCUCGCAAACUCGUGGAAGCCGGAAGAAAUGUUGUCAUGAUUGACGUUGGAGAACAGGAGACCAGAAGGAUCGGCGACCACAAGAAGAAUGGUAUCGCGGUUCAGAAGGACAUCAGCCUUUUCACCAAUGUUGUCAAGGGAGAACUGCAACUUCUCUCUGUGCCGACCAGCAAUAACGACGCUGGCCUCGAACCUUCAGCCUGGGUGCCUGAGCCCUGCCAGCAGGAGUUUGUCCUGAACGGCCAGAACCCCGACCAGAAGUCGUAUGAGAACCUCCCCGCCGCUGCUGCCACGCGUGUUGUCGGCGGCAUGGGAUCUCACUGGACGUGCUGCACUCCUCGACAGGACCCGACAAUUGAACGAUCGACACUCUUCAACGAUGAGGAGUGGGAUGAGCUGUACAAAGAGGCAGAGAAGCUGUUCUGGACGAACCCCAAGAUCUUUGACGACUCUAUUCGCCAGAAGCUUGUCAAGUCGAUCUUGGACAAAGCCUUUGAGGAAAGAAACCGAAAGACUGCCAACAUGCCUUUGUGCGGCAAGCGCAGGGAGAAGAACAAGGACUACACCGAGUGGGCCUGUACGGCGACGAUUCUCGGCGACAUUGCCCACGCUGAGAACUUCAAGUUGCUCCCCAACACCCAGUGCGUCAGAUUUGAGCUUGAUGAGUCCAAGAAGGUCAGACUUGUGCAGGUCGAGAAUCUCAUCGACAACGAGAAGUAUAUGAUCAAGGCGAACAAGUUUGUCGUGUGUGCUGGCGCUGUCUUGACCCCUGGGAUUCUUUUCAACUCCGGCGAACUUGGGAAGACUCUCAAAGCUUUGGGUCACUACAUGACGGAGCAGCCCAUGUCCUUCUGCCAGAUUGUUCUUGAUCGCAAGUACAUUGAUGCUAUCAAGGACAACACUUACAAACUGGACGCCGAGGAGAAGAAGACCGUCGAGGCGCAUAAGGAAAAGUUUCCGAAAGAUCCUCUGCCUUUCCCCUACAACGACCCUGACCCACAAUGCUACUUCCCUCUCACCAAGGACUACCCUUGGCAUACCCAGAUUCACCGCGACGCCUUCGGAUAUGGUCAGAUUCCGGCCGGCAUCGACCAACGCGUGAUUGUUGAUCUCCGAUGGUUCGGGUAUACCAAGCCCAACUUCAACAACCAUGUCAGCUUUUCCGACAAGAUCAAGGAUGGCUUCGGAAUGCCUCAGCCCACUUUCCAUUUCAAGAUUGACCAAGACGAUGCCGACCGUUCCCGCAGAAUGAUCACCGACAUGGUUGACGUCGCCCGCUGCCUCGGCGGGUUCCUCCCCGGAGCCGAGCCGAAGUACCUCCCAGCCGGCUCCGCGCUCCACAUCUGCGGCACCUACAGAGCGGGAGAGUCCCAGGAAGACAGCGUCGUGGACAAACUAGGCCGUGUCUGGGGCCAGGACAACCUCGUGCUUGGUGGAUGCGGUGUCAUUCCGACGCAGAACGCCUGCAACCCCACGCUCACUGCUGGUUGCUUCGCACUGGCCGCUGCAGAGCAGAUUGUUAAGGAUCUAAAGGGCGUCAAGGCCAUUAAGCACCGCACCGUCUAG